CAUUCAGAACAAAGCUUAUUGUCUACCGGAAGUGACGUCUCAAUCUCCCCUGACUCAUUCUGACAUAACAAUAUGGCGGUGUCUUUACGUCUCUUCGCGUCCGCUGGGAAAUGUUUACUACGCAGAUCAUUAUUAGAGAAAAAUAGGAUCAACCGAUUCAGACUCUUAUCUACACAAGCCGCUCACCAAGUAGCUUUAAAUGUACCUGAAACUAAGGUGACCACUUUGGAAAAUGGGCUACGUGUGUCUUCUGAGGACUCCGGUCUUUCCACGUGUACAGUCGGCCUGUGGAUUGACGCUGGCAGUCGUUAUGAGAACGAGAGAAAUAACGGCACAGCUCAUUUUCUGGAGCACAUGGCAUUUAAGGGCACCAGAAAACGCUCACAGCUGGACCUGGAGUUAGAAAUUGAGAACAUGGGUGCACACCUAAACGCGUACACAUCCCGGGAACAGACAGUGUAUUAUGCUAAAGCCUUCUCAAAGGAUCUUCCACAAGCUGUCGAGAUCCUAGCUGACAUCAUCCAGAACAGCACACUAGGCGAAGCGGAGAUCGAGCGUGAACGGGGUGUGAUACUCCGGGAGAUGCAGGAAGUGGAGACCAAUCUUCAGGAAGUGGUUUUUGAUUACUUGCAUGCUACAGCAUACCAGUCCACGGCGCUGGGGAGGACCAUCCUGGGUCCUACAGAGAAUAUCAAGACGAUAAAUAGAGGAGAUCUGGUUGAGUAUAUUACAACCCACUACAAAGGUCCGAGAAUAGUACUGGCAGCAGCUGGAGGAGUUUCUCACAAUGAGCUAAUUGAUCUAGCCAAGUAUCACUUUGGUAAGCUCCCUGGCCGAUACGCUGCCGAUGUGCCGCCGGCGUGUCCCUUCACAGGAAGUGAGAUUCGCGUGCGCGACGACAAAAUGCCGUUGGCGCAUAUCGCUAUUGCCGUGGAGGCUGUUGGCUGGUCUCAUCCUGAUACUAUUCCCCUUAUGGUGGCCAAUACGCUCAUUGGGAACUGGGAUCGGUCAUUUGGCGGAGGAGUUAAUCUUUCCAGUAAAUUAGCUCAGAUGGCCUGUCAGGGGAACCUAUGCCACAGCUUCCAGUCCUUCAACACCUGCUACACUGACACAGGCCUUUGGGGGCUGUACAUGGUGUGUGAACCCGGCACUAUCAACGACAUGAUGCACUUUACUCAGAAAGAAUGGAUGUCACUUUGUACCAGUGUAACUGAAGCCGAGGUGGCACGAGCAAAGAAUCUCCUCAAGACCAACAUGUUACUGCAUCUUGAUGGCUCCACCCCUAUCUGCGAGGACAUCGGUAGACAAAUGUUGUGCUACGGUCGUAGAAUCCCUUUGCAUGAGCUUGAAAUUCGAAUUGACGCUAUCGAUGCUGACACCAUCAAGGACGUGUGCACCAAAUACAUCUUUAACAAAGCUCCCGCCAUCGCAGCUGUUGGUCCGAUUGAGCAGCUUCCCGACUACAACCAGAUCCGCGGCGGAAUGUUUUGGAUGAGGAACUGAGCGGUCAACUGGAUAUUUUUGUCCUUUUAAUUCAUUUCGUAUAAAAUAAAGAUCAACGCCAUACCAUUAGAAUAUUUAAGAUACUAUUGUCUUUGUGUUGUCAUUUUUUACUCUUGCUAGCGACUUGGUCUUGCGCGGCUUUCUUGGCUUUAACCAUCUCCACCAGUUCCUGUGAGAUAAAUGAAAAAUCUCAUGUCGAAUGUGGAAAAUUGAUAGUAAAUUACACUGAAAUUGACGGUUCAUCUCACCUUGUAUCUCUUCAUACAGUCUUUCUUGUUUCUCCCUGGGACUGAGUCGGCUAUCUUCUCCCACCGUUCAGGUGUGCUGACGGGGUAUGUCUUGAGGGCCUGUUCUAGAAGCUUCUGUUCUUCUGUGGUCCAUGGGGCUGGACUUCCAUCACCACCUGGGGCUG